AAACAACAGAGUCACAGCAGUCAACACAAUGCCUUCUCGAGGGAAUCCCAACGUGCCAAAUAAGCAACGCAGGAUCGCAAGUCGAGUCAAGGUCCAGAAGCGAAAUGCUGUCAACAAAGUUUCCAAGAACCCCCGAGGAUCCGCACGAAGCAAUGUUCUCCUCCCAACUAGCGGACCAUUAGCACUGCCAUCUGGCAAGAAGGCACGGAAGUUGGAGAAGGCGAGGAAUCAUGCACGACAAAGGGCUGUCGAUAAAGCUAUGCAGGAAGAGGGAGAGGUCCAGAUGACGGAUGCUCCAAAGACUACUAAAGCAAAGACUACAAAGAAGCAAGACAACAAGAUGGAGGUUGAUGCCAUAUCAUGAUCAAUUAAUGGCGUAGUAGGCGUAUUGAGAAAAGCUGCAUGGCUGGCAUCCUGUUGGGGCAGGCUCGCGGAGGACCUUCUUGUGCUCGAGAACAACCCGACCAAUGCAUACAGUGGACAAAUUACUGAGGGUACAGAAGGUCGGGGUCGAAUUGGAGAGCACGUCAUGAAGCAUAUGUCCAUAUAAACCGCACGACAGGCCGAGAGGAGCGGAGAACAAUUGCUUCAUUGCAUACGUCUACCUCUAGUAUUUGUUGGGCAAACUGUUGCAGCAUUUUUCAACCAACAGUAUGGUUCACGUGGUCCAAACUAUCUCUGUCUGCUUGCUUUUUAAUCAUCUCUUUCCGCCAUUCCAUACCCUGGGUUUCUGCCCCAUGUUCACCAUUCUCCGGCGUGUCAAGCGUGUAACCCCAGACACUUUAGCGAGUGCUGCCUAGUGGGGUUGCUGUAACGGCAAGGGCUGAGGCGCUCAACCCGCUCUCUGGGG